UCCAGACACUGCAGUCUGUGUAGUGAAGAAGGUUGUAGUUUAUAUACGGUAUGUCACAGUGAGAAUGGUGGAGGGAAUGUAUGCUGGUGUGGGCAGCUUUAAGCUGAGUGAGAUGGAUUCAGAGAAGAUGACAGUGGUCAUUUAUUUCAGUAAAGAUGCUGUUGGAGCUCAGAAUACCAGCAUAGAAACACAGGACACCAACACACAGACAGAGACGAGGACACAGCAGAGUACAGUUGUUAGAAGAGGAAGCAGAAGCUCCAGACUGGCUGUGGUGUGUGUGGGGCUCCUGUGUGUUCACCUGCUGACCACCAGCACAGUGCUGUACAUGAACUGGAGAGAGACCCUCUUAUCCAGUAUCAGAAACCUGACUGAAGAAAGAGACCAGCUAAAGAGCAGCUACCAGAAUCUGACUGAGAAGAAAGAGCAGAUAAACAACACUUACAGAAUCCUUAUUGAGGAAAAUCACAUCUUACAAACCAAAUAUGAUCAUUUAGUGAAGCUGAUUGAGAAAAGAUGGUUUAAAGAAUGGAAGAAGAACAGAAGCAGCUUUUACUUGUUCUCCUCUGGGAAGAAGAGCUGGAGUGAGAGCAGACAGGACUGCAGAGAGAGAGGAGCAGAUCUGGUGAUCAUAAACAGCAAAGAGGAGCAGAUGUUCCUCAUUGACCAAAAGAAUGAGAAGAAUUUCUGGAUUGGUCUGACUGAUGAAGACACAGAAAAUACAUGGAAGUGGGUGGACAGCCAACCGCUGACUGACAAAUUCUGGAGGAAGGGUGAACCCAACAAUGGUGGUGGUGGUAACCGUGAGGACAGGACUGUGCUGUUUUCACCACUGCAGACAAUGACGGUCAGCGAACAUGGAACGAUCUUUCCUGCUCAGCGACAGAAAACUGGAUGUGUGAAUUCAAUCUGACCAA